GCAAAAGAAUGAAUCGUUGGGUGACGUCACGCCCGUUGUUUCAGAUGACGCUGAGUAGCAGGCCGCACGCGCGUAGAAGGAAUCUACUCUGACAGAUUUUUGUGGAUCAAGGUCGUCGAUUUCUCCUCAGUCACACCGAAAUACGGGGUUGCCCUCUCCCGUCCCCCUUACCCCCGUUCUCAGAAAGCAUGGCUCAGGAGACAAAUCAGACGCAGGUGCCAAUGCUUUGCACAAUGGGAUGUGGUUUCUAUGGUAACCCUCGCACCAAUGGAAUGUGCUCUGUCUGCUACAAGGAACAUCUGCAGAGACAACAAGGAGGGGGGCGAAGCAGCCCCCCAGGUGAGAAAGCUGCCACAUCACCUGUAGGUUCCUCAGGUGCCUCUGCAGUGACGGUGGAGUCUGUCCCUGUUCCCACCUUGGAAGCUGUCACCCCAUCGGAAGAACGUAUGUCUAGUUCACCCAGCCCAGUAACCCAACAAAUGACUGCUAUGAGCAUCUCCCAGGACAUUGGAACCACUGAUUCAGAUAAAGCAGAAGGGGAGGAGGAAGAAGAGGAGGGCUCGUCUAAAAGCACAGGGCCAGUAGGGGAGGCUGCUCAGGCUUCUUCAGAUGGAGAUCAGACUCCUGAUAAGAACAAAAAGAAGAAUCGAUGCUUCACUUGUAGAAAAAAAGUUGGCUUCACAGGCUUCGACUGUCGCUGUGGUAACCUGUUUUGCGCUAUCCACCGUUACUCUGACAAACAUGACUGUCCCUACGACUACCGAGGAGCUGCUGCGGCUCGCAUCCGCAAGGAGAACCCCAUUGUGGUAGCUGAGAAGAUUCAGAAGUUAUGAGAACUGAUGGCUUAGAGAGCUAAAUUCUUUGACCUUCAAGUUUUGGAACCAUGGCGCUGAAUAACACCAUUCUAAAAAUGGGUUCAUUUCUUCAUUGUAGGAUAAGGUGGGUGAGGUCAUAGGGUACUGCCCCUGCUUGGCCACUCCCUAAACCAUAAUCUCCCUGUCUCUCCUGGAAGGACAGUGUAAAGUGUGUGUGUGUGAAUGUGUGACACAUGAUGAGAAAUGUUGUGUGUGUGAGUGAGUGUUUUUCUUUUUUUUUUCUUCUUUUUUCUGGAGAGCCAGGGGGAAGAGGGAUUGGUUGUCGGGUGUGCAUCCAUAUGAAUUGGGGGUGGGGGGGGGGUGGACUCGACUCUUUAGUUUUUACCCUGGCAUUGAUUUUGUUAGGAUAAUAACAUUAUUUUUUUAUAGAAGCCUUGGGAUGUGGGUUCAUGAGUCUGGAGAGCGGAGGCUUUGAUACAGGGGGGUGGGGGGCGUCGAGAGAAUGGGAAUUUACCUGAUACUGCAAAUUGUUGCUGAAGAAUAUAGAUUUUAAUGACUACUCCCACAUUUACCCAUGUAAAAUUUUCUUUUUCUGUGUGUUUUUCUUUAUUCUGGUUAAUAACCCUGACAUGUCAAAUCCCAGCCUGUGCAUUUACAACAUAUUUCUCUUUUAUAUAUUGAUUUAUCAUGAUAUUGUUGGGUGCAUGAAUAGUUAUUGGAUGUGUUUUAAAGGGGGAGUUGGGUGGGGUGGGGUGUAGCCAGAGCCUUGACAUAAGUGAGUGACUGAGGUUUUUUUCUUUCCUUUUCUGUUUUAAUGAGUGUAUGGCAUCAGAAGAUCUAUAUUAAUAUAUUGUAUGUAGCUUGAAUUGUGUGAUUGCAUUCUAUUUAUUUUUGUAUUAUCAUUUGGUUGGUUGGUACUGGAGGAUUGGAAGCAUGUGUCCCCCCAAAAAUAAUCAAUUUGUUCCAUUUGUAUGUAAUCCCUUAACUAUACUUAAACAUUUCUCUCUAGUUAUGCAUCCAUUUUAAGCAUUAUAGGUUCUGAUUUUACAGAGAGUUGAGUCUUGUUUGUAUCUUCAAAAACAAAUGGACAAGUUUGGGCUGAAAAAUUAUCCGUCAAUUCAGAAUCCAAUCACAACAAAAGGAACCACUUCAGUAUCAUCACACAAGUUUAACAGCAUAGAAUCUUUAGAGCUGUAGGGAACCAAGCAGGCCCGUUAUUUUAAUGCAUGCCUGUGCACACAGCGAUGAACUCUUUUGACCUUUCCUUCGGAGUCACAGAGCUUUGAGAAGCGAGGUAUUUGUUAUUAACCACCAGCAGACCAAUGAAUGAUAGCUAACGGAACUGGUUGAUAAUUUAUUACAUAACACUUUUCCAUUUUCUGAGAUGUGUAUUUCCUCAAUAACAAAUGAAUACUGCUAGGCUUAAUGAUUUCAUAGUGGAAGAUGCAUUCACUUCCCCAAACAGACAAGCCUGGCAUGCUUGCACAGAUAUUAGGCCAAAUGCAAAGUUUGCUACAGCAACAUUCUAGAUUGCAACUUUGAACUGAACAAGAAUGUAAAAACAAAGCAAUGUUGUUCAGGGGUGGACUGGGAAGAGAAAUCGGUCCUUUUCUGCAUAUCGUUGCCCCCUUCGGGAUAUCGCGAUGCCGUUUUGUGGCCCGUUCUGCAUAACUCGGCGGCUCAUUUCAGCUUAGUCCCGGUAUUCCAGAUUACCAAUCCAGCCCUGAUGUCCUUCCAUUGUUACAAUGCAUUGAAUGGAGCCUGACUCACUGACAUCCAAAUUAAAAGGUUUCUACUGUGUUCCCUAAUGUAAAUACUAUGUGGCUACCAAUCAUGUUGAAUUAUUCUUAAUAGAAUGUUGCAAGGUUCUGAGAAGAGGGGGAAAGGUUCAGCAGAAAGUUUGUUUUGUGUGUAUGUAGUGUUUAUUAACUCAUAUGCAAGGAGAAAGGUGCAGCACUGAGUUUCUUGCCAUGCUUUGAGUGAGGCCUGUGUCUUUGUGCUGGCUGUUUGUGUAUUUUUUUUGUAAAAGAGCUGAAACUACCAUGUGGGACAUUUUGUAUUUGUCUUUAACGUUGUCCAGCAAGGUAGCCUGAAAAAGUCUCUUGAAGUGCAACUUUUUGCAUGAUUCAUAAGCAAUUACCUAACUUAACAAGGCAGAACCUCACUUUAAUACAACCUCACUUUCUAUGUGGCUCUAAUCCUGAAAGCAGCUAGGUGGAUGUAACCAAUUUUAUAGCCAACACUGGCACCAAACUAAUACCUUGCUGUGUGAUUUGAAGUUUUGGCCUUAGCUUAUUUAAUGACUUUGCUUCUUUAAGGAAAUGACCCGAGCUUUAAUUAGUACCGUCUGUGAUUGGAGCAUUAUCCUCAGUGGUGCUGACAGUUCAAGAGAGCCUUUGCGAAAGCAGGUGUGAAAGCAGCUCUCUGAAAGUGGCUCGAAAAGCUGGCAUGCAUACACACCAUGGUUGGCUGAGCCUGAUAUAUAAGCCUUUUAAUGUGGGUUUGGAACUCACUCUUUGUAUGUCCUACUCCUCUCCCAGUACAUACAAGUCUUUACAGUCCUGUCAGACUGUACAAAAAUGUGAAUGUUGGGCUCAAGUUAUGAUGCCACUGCUUAAAACUGAGUACACAAAACAGUGUGAAUGUAGCCAAAUAUUUGGUAAUGUUUAUCAUGUCUAACCAUAUUAAGCUCCAGUGCAGUGAAAGCCUGUUGGGUCACAGUUCCUCACCUCUAAUGUUGCCUUCAGUGUCUUUUCAAAUCGCUGGCACUAUGUCAAUCUAAUGCAGUAUCCCUUCUACAAUAGCAAUGAUUCACAGGCAUUAUUGCAUGUUAACGAGAAAAAUAGAAGGGCAGAUUCUACAUAAUACAGUGAUAGUGAAGGUUUUGAGGUUUUAUUCACUUCAAGCAGUUCAUCAGAACAUUCAGAUGGGUGAUGUGAGUUUCAGCUCAGGCAUAUUGAGCAGUAUAUUAACCAGCAUUCAUGGAUUAAUUCACCAGCGUGCCCAGUCCCCCAGAGACACAACCAGAUACCUUUUUUCUUUUCUUUUGAAAUUUAGGAUUGUAUGAUGUGUACAAGUAAGUAUAAAACCAAUAAAAUCACAAAGUUUAUUUUAAAUUUACACAA